AUGUUGUUUAGAAGCCGUAGUACCGUUGCUCUAAUGGCAAGACGGUAUGCUGGCACAGUGGUCAAAAGAGUCUCUGUUCCGCGGCCAAACGGGGUUCCCAGUGGCGAAGUGGCGUUUGAGCUGUCGAGCACGAGUAACGAUGCUGGAACAGCAGUUUCAAAACCCAAAUCCCAGAGCUUGGCGAGCUCUUUGAAAGGUAGAACAUUGGAAUUGCAAGGGAGCCGCAACGAAGCAAGCGAAGCCAGCGAAGCCAGCGAGAUCAACGGCGGUACCGCGGGCAUUAACUGGGCUGUUUCGUUUCACGGGCUUGGCUCCAGGCCCUUCGAUGAUAAAAUACAGCAGGAACUGGCGAAACCACUUGCUCCUGCGGAUAUCGAAGUCAAGCCGGACGGGUUGGUGUAUUUGCCCGAAAUCAAAUACCGCAGAAUUCUGAACCGUGCGUUCGGAGCUGGCGGCUGGGGGCUGGUUCCGCGGUCAGAAACGAUUGUGACUGACAGGCUCGUCACGAGAGAAUACGCUUUGAUUUGCCAGGGUCGGCUUGUGAGUCUGGCUCGCGGAGAACAGGAAUAUUUCAACGAAACGGGCAUUCCGACAGCUACCGAAGGCUGCAAAAGUAAUGCAUUGAUGCGUUGCUGCAAAGAUCUCGGAAUUGGCUCGGAGCUCUGGGAUCCCGUUUUUAUUAAAGCUUUCAAGAAGGAAAAUUGCACGGAGAAAUUUGUCGAACAUGUUGUCAACAAGAAGAAGAAGAAAAUAUGGCUUCGUAAAGACCGCGAAGUCGAAUACCCGUUCAAAUAG